AUGUUCGAGCCGCUGGCGGCAGAGGUGGCCCUACGGGUGCCGGCGUAUGCAGAGUGGCAAAGGGCGAGGCUGUAUGCUCGAUUAGCGGGACAGCGCAUCGUGCGCGAGCUCGUCAUUGCCGAGGGUGCACGGAUGUGGGACGCCGGCGCAGGCGCUCUGCGCAGCCACCCGCCGCGUGUUGUGAACGCCCAUGCCGCGCGAUUUGUGGUGGCAGGCAUCGGGGCGACGCCCGCCGGCGCUGUACUGGCGGAGCUGGCCGACAAUCUCCGCCGGGUCAUGGUCGCCGCGCCGUGCUCGGCGCACAUCUUUGUCAAUCCGCGGGCCGCGCUCCACAUCACCCUCGCACUCCUCUCGUCGCCGGACGAGCCGUUCCCGCUGGGCUCGACCGAGGCUGUGGCCGCCGAAGCGGCCGCGCUGGCGGCGGCCGGUGCCAGGUCGGCUCUGGAUGGGCUCGUUCUCGAGCUUCACGACGUGGUAAUUGACGCCGCUGGUGUUGUGCUCGCCCUGUGGCGGCCUGUCACCGGAAGUCCCGAGGCUCUACGCCGCGCACUGGCGCAAGCAGCAGGACGCCCGCUCCCGCACAAGCAGCCGACAUACAUCGUCCACUCGAGCCUUGCGCGGAUUGUCGGCUGGCCAACAGUAGCCGAUGUGGGCGAUCUGGAUCGCAAGGUGCAGCUGGCCGAGCUGGCGGCGGCCGGGGCGGCAGCACGGGCGUGGCUGGCAGAGAUGCGGCCGGCGAGCGUAGUGGUCGCCCCGAGAGAGCUCCUUUACUGCGACGAGAUGACUUACAAGUCGGCGAUGGUACCCGGCAACGAGUGUGUGGUGCUGUGA